AUGGAAUCGCUCUACGCCCGCGACACCCCCACGGCGCACGAGCGCAAGCUCAAGAUGGCGGAGCGGGACCAGCAGCUCAAGGGCGGCGAGAGCUCCAACCAGGUGCAACAGCAGCCCACGGGGACGCUCGAAAGUCUUGUGGACACCUCGACAGAGAACGGUGCAGCUACCAGUGGGGAGUCCGCCUCGACGACAACGAACCCGGCGGACGACGCCUUCGGCUUCAGCUUCAACGCGUUGUCCGACACGCAGCAGCAACUCGACGACCAGUGGCGGACCCAGGGAGGCGAGUUAGCCGACAAGACCCAGCAAGACAAGCAAUCCGAAGUCAAGAAGACGGAGGAGGGGCGUCUGGCUGAGUUGAGUGGGGAACCUACUCCCAAUUCAGCACCAGCGUCGUCGAACACGGAUAAAUCGGAGACCAAGGCAGCGGAGAAUACCCAGCAAAUUGCUUCUGCACCAGACCCGACAACGCAGCAACCACGACGAGCGGGGGUCGCCUCAGUCCCUCGCAAGCCGAAACCAGCGAUCACGAUCAAUACUGGAUCGGGUUCAACCGGUGUUGGGGCUAAACGACCACCCCCGACGCCUGUAUCACCCCCAACUUUCUCGUGGAAUGAUAUCCUCCGUGAGCAGGCCAAUGUGGACCCAGCCUUUGCGAACGUGGUGUGGCAGAAACUAGAGGAACAAAACCCGACUUUCUUCCGCGCGUACAGUUUGCAGCUACAGCUCAAGGAGCAGAUCAUAGCCUUCAACUACCUGGUACGGGACGAUCUUCACCGAGAAGAUUUUUUCCUUGCUAGGUCCUCAUCAAAAAAAUAUUUUUCUGUUGAUAUUUGCAGGUCGGGCAGCAGAAGGAGAUGGCGGCGAAAGGUGGCAAGCGUCUUCUGCACUACAGCAACACGAAUCGGCCCUCAGCAGGUCGCUCCUCAGCUCCGUGCUCUUUGA